AUGCAGCUGCUUUCUCCUUCUACAAAACUCUUUUCAUUUUGGAUCGGUGUACUCUUCCUUGUACCGACUAUGGCUGUGCCCACUGGUUCUCCGACCAACGCUGGAACGUCACUUUCAAUGUCCGGUGGAUUGUCUGCUUCCAACCCAGACCUGCCAGGUCAUAGUACGAGUGUAGAUAGGAAUGCUUAUGACCAAGUCCUUCAUGCCAAGGAUGCCAAUACUGGCCAGAAUCCCAUCAUCGAAGCCAGACUCUGGAUCGACCCUCAUAUCUUCGAUGCCGACCUACAUUAUCGAACUGCUAUGGGCUUCGCUGUUGAACAUAUGAUGAAGCCAAUUCGGUCGACGAUCCUAAAAGAUAUCAAAACGAACGUCAAACCGAAUAUUCCGUCGUUAGAGUUCCCCAGUACGACUCCCGUUGCUGUGUAUCGUCUCACGGGGAAAGACUUUGCAAACCAGGGUGACUUCGAGAUUAGCUUUUCCGGUGUUACCAGACGUGAUCGCACACGUUUCAGAAACUGGUGGUUUGCAAUGCCUGGUUCGCUUGAUCCCUCUUAUUUUGGGCGUGUUGAUCUGAAGUGUCUGGUUCCAACGCAGAAGGGAUCGUAUGUGGUCAAGAAAGAGUUGGUUACCGGGAAGAUAUCACGGCGUUAUCCAGAACAGAAUGAGGAAGUGUUGAUAUCGUUCAAGGACGGAAAGCCAUUGUUCAAGAACGGAGAGGCUGUUUCUGAAGAAAGUCCGAAGAAGUCUGCUCCUGAAGAAACUCAGAAGAAGUCUAGCUUAUCUCGAGUGAAGACAUUGUUCGGGAAAAAACCUGGUGGGCCAAGUUCUUCCUGA